AUGCCGCCGCCACCACGAACCCACCCCGAGACCACCCCACCCCACAGAUCUCCUGACGACAGCCUCCAGCCCUCCCCAAAAAACCCCGCUCCAGAACCCCCCCACCCCCUGGAGCUCCCGGGGGCCAGGUCAGGCCACAGACCAGACCCCGACGCCACCACCUACACAACGGAGGCCAGGAUACCCGCCUCCUCCACUACAACCAAACAGACCGGACCGCACCGAAACCCCAGCACCCCCAUCAGAGCAUUGUCUGCCUCCUCCAGUGAGUUGACCUCUGAAACUCAAAUCACUACUACUGAGCGUACGACACCUACUCCAUCCAUGACUCCUUUUACUUCCAGUUCUGAGCUGUCUGAGACAACUACAUCCACAGUAGCUUCAAGCACAAGCACACCCAGUGAGCACGUGAAGCCCACUUCACCACAAGGAACCUCAUCUAAGUACACAGUGAUGUCCAGUUCUUCCACCACUGAACAAUCAUCCACUUCAGAGGUAUUAUCUCAGUCAACAUUUUCUGCCUCCUCCAGUGAGUUGACCGCUGAAACUCAAAUGACUACUACUGAGAGUACAACACCUACUUCAUCCAGAACUCCUUUUACUUCCAGUUAUGAGCCGUCUGAGACAACUACAUCCACAGUAGCUUCAAGCACAAGCACACCCACUGAGCAUGUGAAGCAGACUUCACCAGAACGAACUUCAUCUGAGUACACAGUGAUGUCCAGUUCUUCCACCACUGAGCAACCACCCACAACAGAGGUGUUUUCUCCGUCAACAUUGUCUGCGUCCUCCAGUGAGUUGACGUCUAAAACUACAAGCACUACUACUGAGAGUACAACACCUACUCCAUCCAUGACUCCUUUUACUUCCAGUUCUGAGCCGUCUGAGACAACUCCAUCCACACUAGCUUCAAGCACAAGCUCACCCAUUGAGCACUUCAAGCAGACUACACCACAAGGAACCUCAUCUGAGUACACAGUGAUGUCUAGUUCUUCCACCACUGAGCAACCACCCACAACAGAAGUGUUUUCCCCGUCAACAUUGUCUGCCUCCUCCAGUGAGUUGACCUCUGAAACUACAAGAACUACUACUGAGAGUACAACACCUACUCCAUCCAUGACUCCUUUUACUUCCAGUUCUCAGCUGUCUGAGACAAUUACAUCCACACUAGCUUCAAGCACAAGCACAUCCACUGAGCACGUGAAGCAGACUUCACCACAAGGAUCCUCAUCGGAGUACAAAGUGAUGUCUAGUUCUUCCACCACUGAGCAACCAUCUACAUCAGAGGUGUUUUCUCAGUCAACAUUCUCUGCCUCCUCCAGUGAGUUGACCUCUGAAACUACAAGCCCUUCUACUGAGUCUAUGACAUCUACUCCAUCCAUGACUCCUUUUACUUCCAGUUCUGAGCCUUCUGAGACAACUGCACCCACACUAACCUUAAGCACAAGCACACCCACUGAGCACGUGAAGCAGACUUCACCACAAGGAACCUCAUCUGAGUACACAGUGAUGUCUAGUUCUUCCACCCCUGAACAAUCAUCCACAACAGAGGUGUCUUCUCAGUCAACAUUGUCCAUAUCCUCCAGUGAGUUGACCUCACAAAUGCACCCACUGAGCACGUGA